AUUUCAUAACAAAAAUUACACGUGUUCAGUAUUACAUUCAAAAUGGGCGCCUAUAUGUUCCUAAAAAUAAAUUUUAUAAUCUAAAAAGUAGAAUAACGUUUUUUAUUUUUCUAUAAUAAUAAUGAUGCUCUCUGCCUCAGAAUCAGAGCAACUGGAACAUGGAGUGCUUGGAAUGUGUGAUGAUUUUUCAAGUUAUCUUAUUGAUUUUCAUGCAGAUCGUUUUUUAAAUUUUUGUUCCAGUUACUCAGAAGAUAACCUUUAUACAUCAUUGCUAGAUGAUGAAAGAUCGUCAUCAUCCUCCUGUCCUUCUACUAGCUCAGAAAAUUGUGACUUAGAGUUUAUGACCUCUCAUGAUAUUUUUUCAAUGGAACGACUACAGCCUCAAAGUUGUGAAUCUCCUCGAAAGUUUUUGUCAAAAGAAUAUCUCAGCUCUACCAAAAAUGUGAAUAGCAAGUAUACUGAAAAGAAAUCAAAUAAAUUCUUAAAACAGUUUCAAAAGAAAUGGUGUGAAUAUACAAAACAACAACAAUACAAAGCUUUAGAGAGUCUGAUGGAUAUCGUUUCAAGGAGAUUGGGUUUGAAAGAACAAUUAGAAGUUAUAAAUAUUAUUAAUCCAAAAGCUGAACUCCACCAAUCAGAUACUGAAUUCUUUAUUGAUUUUGAUUUGAUCGAUGAUCACAAAUACGAGAAGGUGAAAAUUUUUGUCAACAAAGAAAUACAUAAGCUACGCAGUAAAGUUACCAAAUCUUGCAAUUUUAAUAGAAAGAAAAAUAUUUCUAAUAACUCCGAAAAGGUAGCUAAACUUAAGAGCUGUUUACCGAGAUCCACUAAAAAACUAUCAAGAUAUUCAAAAAAUGUUCGGCAAGAUCGCAAGGAACAACAAAGUGGUUUCUUCGUAAAUGAACAAGUUGUAGCAGUUGCAGCGCUUCCAAAUUGUGACGAUGAUAGCGAAGAAGAAAUAGAUAUCUUGAGUUAAAAAUUUUUUAUAAUCCAAAAGACAAAUUCUUACGUAAUAAA